UCUACUCUCACCGUCUUUACCAAGCUCAAGCUCCAGCUCCAUGUCUUCACUAGUAUUAGCUAUAUUCUUGAUCCUUCUUGGGUCUCUCUUGCCUUUCCUUCGUUACCUUCUGCGCAGAGCCGGAAACUACAAACAUGGCAGGAAACUACCCCCGGGUCCCCGGCCCCUACCACUCAUUGGUAACCUCCACAUGCUAGGGAACCUUCCUCAUCGAUCCCUUUACUCCUUAUCCAAAGAAUAUGGACCCAUCAUGUCGUUGAGGCUAGGCUCUAUACCAACCAUUGUGGUUUCGUCUUCUCAAGCUGCUGAGUUAUUUCUUAAGACCUAUGAUUCCAUUUUCGCUAGCCGUCCAAAACUCCAAGCAUCUCUCAUGUCUUAUGAUUUUAAAGGCAUGGCUUUUACUGAAUAUGGCUCCCAUUGGCGAUACAUGAGGAAGUUGUCUGCACUGCACCUUCUGAGUGUAUCAAAAAUUGAGUCUUUUGCACCGAUGAGGAAGGAAAAGCUUGGGUUGCUGGUGGAUUCGUUGAAGAAAGCGGCGGCGGUGAAGGAGGUGGUGGAUUUCAGUGCAAGGGUUGAGGCAGUAAUACAGAACAUGACUUAUAAGAUGGUGUUUGGAGGAAAUGAUGAUGAUGAGUUUGAUAUGAAGUCUCUUAUUAUGGAAAAUAUGAACUUGGCUGGAGCUUUCAAUGUUGCUGAUUAUGUGCCAUGCUUAGCUACAUUUGACCUUCAGGGAUUGACAAAGCGUAUGAAGGCAUUCAGCAAGAGGAUGGAUGAAGUAUUAGAGAAGAUAAUUGAGGAUCAUGCAAAAAAAGCUAAUAGCUCCACUCAAAAUCAGCCUAAAGAUUUCAUCGACGAGUUGCUUUCCCUGAUGAACAAUUCUCAAGAGGAGAAAAUUGAUCGAGCUAAUAUCAAAGCACUAAUGAUAGAAAUGAUCGUGGGAGCAUUCGAUACUUCGGCCGCGACAGUUGAGUGGACAUUCGCCGAACUUCUACGGCAUCCAAAGGUGAUGAAACGUCUCCAAGAAGAGUUAGAAAACGUCGUCGGCUUAAAUAGAAUGGUGGAGGAGAAAGACCUUCCAAAGUUAACCUACUUAGACAUGGUGAUAAAAGAAAGCUUGCGGCUACGUCCUGUUGGACCAUUAUUGAUCCCACAUGAGUCCACAGAAGACGUCACUGUUAAUGGGUAUCACAUACCAAGAAAAUCCAGAAUUAUAGUAAAUGCAUGGGCGAUUGGGAGAGAUCCCAUUGCAUGGCCAGAAAAUGCAGAGGAAUUUUUCCCGGAAAGGUUUAGAGAUAGUGAUAUAGAUCUUCGUGGGCAUAAUUUUGAGCUUAUACCAUUUGGUUCUGGCCGUAGAGGGUGCCCUGGAAUGCAGCUGGGACUCGUCACUGUUCGAAUUGUUGUAGCUCAGUUGUUGCACUGCUUUGAUUGGGAGCUUCCUGAUGGUUUGUCGCCGAAUGAAAUUGACAUGAGCGAGAGAUUUACACUCACGAUGCUCAAAGCUACUCAUUUGCUUGCUGUCCCGAAGUAUCGCUUGCUUUGUUGAAGAAGCUUGGCUUCUAUAUGAUGAUCUCGGUGCUGCAUGCUGUUGAAUUAUCGCCAUUUAUGAGAAGAAGGAUGAGCUAGUAUAUAUAGUAAUAAUGGAUUUGUAAUCCUUACCGUG